GCUCAGUCGGGAGACUAGGUUUGGGUCUCAUGUAGGAAGCUUUGGCUCUACCCACCCUUUCCUCCCCUCCACUCCCCACCCCGGCCCCCCUUUCCCCAGCCCAGCCUGUAGUAGUUACACACUGUGCACCCAGGGAGACUGGGAACAUGGCGCUUGGAGCGAUGUAACAGCGGAGAAAGAAAGGAGAUGCAGCCGCCGCUUUUCUGACAGCCAGCUACCAGGGUUUUCCAUCAUGUUUGGCAAGAAAAAAAAAAGGCUUGAAAUCUCUGGACCAUCUAAUUUUGAGCACAGAGUUCAUACUGGGUUUGAUCCCCGAGAACAGAAGUUCACAGGACUCCCACAGCAGUGGCACAGCUUGCUGGCAGACACAGCCAAUCGACCAAAGCCUGUAGUGGACCCUUCAUCCAUCACACCCAUUCAACUUGCUCCCAUGAAGACAAUUGUCAGGGGAAACAAACCUUGCAAGGAAACUUCAAUCAAUGGUUUGCUAGAAGAAUUUGACAAUAUUUCUGUGACUCGUUCCAAUUCCCUAAGGAAAGAAAGUCCUCCCACUCCUCAUCAGGGUACUUCAAAUCAUGUCCAGAGACAUUCAGAAGAAAAUGGUUUCAUCACAUUUUCUCAGUACUCCAGUGAAUCUGAUACUACCACUGACUACAUGACAGAAAAAUACAGAGAAAAGGGUCCAUAUGGAGACGAGUUGGAUCGAUAUUAUGAAGGCAGCCAAGCAUCUAAGCAAAAUGGACAUGCAGUGAAAAUGAAAUCUGAUGAUGCCUAUUAUUCUGACAUACAGGCUUUAAAAUCAGAUAUGUCCAGGCUUCCUCCAGAUUAUCACACCCACAUGGAUAUGCUAAGUAAACCAAGUGAAUAUUGUGGCUUCAAGUGGGACUAUCACAGAGUUUCAACUGGAUCCCCUCUGGAUUACCGAGAUCCCUUUCAAUUAACUCCCUCUAGGACUGCAGGGACAAGUGAAUGCUCAAAAGAAAGCCUGGUGUACAGUGAAAGUGAAUGGAGGCCCAGCAUGGAUGAUUAUGAUAGGAGACCAAAGUCUUCAUAUAUAAAUCAGACCAGCCCUCAGCCAGCCAUGCGGCAGAGAUCAAGAUCAGGUUCUGGACUUCAGGAACCUGCCAUGCCAUAUGGAGCAAGUGCAUUUAAGUCAAACCCACAAGGGCACUCAUACAGCUCUUAUACCUACCCUCGCCUCUCAGAAACCACCACGUGCAUUCCAAAGGUGGAUUAUGAUCGAGUACAGAUGGCUGUUAGCCCAACUCUGUCUGGAUCUGACACUUACCCUCGGGGCCCCAUCAAACUACCUCAAAGUCAGAACAAAGUUAACUAUUCCUCAAUAGGCUACCAGUAUCCUUCUGGGUAUCACAAGGCUGCUCACUACCAUCAGCCUGGUCUCCAGACCAGCUCUCAGUACAUCUCCACAGCUUCCUAUCCAAGUUCCCCAAGCAUCUCUUCAAGUGCUUAUCCCCCACCUAGUUGGGGUUCAUCCUCAGACCAGCAGCCCUCUAGGGUGUCACACGAACAAUUCAGGGCUGCUCUACAGCUUGUGGUUAGCCCUGGUGACCCUCGAGAAUACCUGGAUAAUUUUAUUAAAAUAGGAGAAGGGUCAACUGGAAUAGUUUAUCUUGCCACUGAGAAACCCACAGGAAAACAAGUCGCAGUAAAGAAAAUGGACCUGAGGAAACAACAGCGGCGUGAGCUGCUUUUUAAUGAGGUUGUGAUAAUGAGGGAUUACCAUCAUGACAAUGUGGUUGACAUGUACAACAGUUAUCUUGUUGGUGAUGAGCUGUGGGUUGUCAUGGAAUUCCUAGAAGGUGGAGCUUUGACAGAAAUUGUAACUCACAUGAGAAUGAAUGAAGAACAGAUAGCUACAGUUUGUUUAUCAGUCCUGAGGGCCCUUUCUUACCUUCACAAUCAAGGAGUUAUUCAUAGAGACAUCAAGAGUGACUCCAUCCUUCUGACAAGUGAUGGCAGGAUAAAGUUAUCUGAUUUUGGUUUCUGUGCCCAAGUUUCUAAAGAAGUCCCAAAGAGGAAAUCAUUGGUUGGCACUCCUUACUGGAUGGCACCAGAGGUCAUAUCUAGACUACCUUAUGGAACAGAGGUGGACAUCUGGUCACUUGGAAUUAUGGUCAUAGAAAUGAUAGAUGGAGAACCUCCUUACUUCAAUGAACCUCCACUCCAGGCAAUGCGUAGGAUCCGUGAUAACUUACCUCCAAGAGUGAAAGACCUACACAAGGUUUCCUCAGUGCUUCGGGGGUUUCUAGACUUGAUGUUGGUAAGAGAACCCUCCCAGAGAGCAACAGCACAAGAACUAAUCGGACAUCCUUUCUUGAAACUGGCAGGUCCACCCGCUUGCAUUGUACCACUUAUGAGACAAUAUAGGCAACGCUAAAUGGUGGGACCCUGUGGUUAGAGAUCCUAAAGAGGAUUUCUCACAAGUGAUUUGAGAGGAAGCAUGAAAACCGCGGGGAAAUAUAAACAAUUUGUCAUUUCCAUCAUUUAUUUUUUGAGCCCUGCAGCCAGCAAGCCUGAAAGACUCUGUAUAGGCAUUUUUUUGAGCAGGUAAUAAUGCAUAGCACAUGUAGGAUAAGCCACAGGAGUUUGCUCCAAGAGGAAAACUACCCUUCAUUUCUAUUUUGGAACAAUACUUUUCUGGCAAAAGAUAAAAAGCACUUUUUUUCUGAAUUGUAGCAGUGUAAUGUAUUUUGCAAUGAAUUUGUAAUUUUCUGUAUUAUACUUUUGAUAAUUUAUAGUACUUUGAUGUCAAGUAGGCAUUGUAUUAGUUGAAGUAAUAUGUGUAACUUAGCAGGAGUUUGAACAAAUUCUUUCCUACAUUUUUUUUAUCCCUGUCAGAGAACAGAGAGUUCUUUAGAAUCCGGGAAGAAUACCUAUCACCUUCAUCUUUAGUAUAAUAUCCUUCUUAAUUUAAUAAGUAUUAUAUGUGGUAGAGAAAGGUGGGUGGGGGUGGAGAUAAUAGCACACAUUUUAUGUUUUCCCAUUGGAAAAAAAAAAAAGAGUGCCACCUAUUACCUAAGUAAAAGCUAUUACUUGGGAGCCAGUCCUACAUUUGGGUACAUCAUGUUCAUUCUUUCAGGAUAUGAGGAGUGAACCCCUUAGAGCACUGAAGCAAGAAUUCACUAAGUGGUCCCCUAAUAUUCUGAAAAAACUGAGUAUGGAUUUCCCAAGUAACCAAGUAACUACUUAGGAGGGGUUCCUGCACUAGGGAAAAUCAGGCUCAUUUAUAAAAAUUGAGCACUACAAAUAAGUUAAUGAGAUUAUUUCAAUUUCAGAAAGGAAAAAGGGAAAUAAUUAAGUUAGAAACUCAAUGAUUUCAUUUUUGUCUCUUAUGUCAAAACCUUUACUAAACUUGAUUUGUUACAGGGGAGAUCUAAGUAUUGGUCAGUGUCUUCUAGCAAUAAGGCAGACCCCUCAGUUCAGUCUGUGUUGACCUUGUUCCACAGUAUUAAUCUCUAUUGUUUAUGUAGAUGGAAGUCUGAAUUAAUUCUUCACAUGAUGGAAGUCUAAAUUGACUCUAACAGUCAAUUUACCACAGGGAGUAUUUUCCCAGUUAUAAUCUGACUUUUCCUGUUUUCAUGUUAUAAUGUGUUUCUGACAUAGAAGAGUUGUGCUGCUGUCUAGACCUUGAAUGUUGAUAAUUGAAUGACUACUACAAUAAAUUUUGUGUUGCCUGUUG